AUGGAUUUAAGAGUCGGUAGAAAGUAUCGGAUUGGGCGCAAGAUAGGUAGCGGAUCGUUUGGUGAUAUCUAUCACGGCACAAACCUGAUUAGCGGAGAAGAGGUUGCUAUCAAAUUAGAAUCCAUCAGGUCGAGACACCCGCAGUUGGACUACGAGUCGCGAGUGUACAAGUAUCUAAGUGGUGGGGUUGGUAUCCCGUUUAUCAGGUGGUUUGGCCGUGAGGGUGAAUACAAUGCUAUGGUGAUAGAUUUAUUGGGGCCCUCGUUGGAGGAUCUUUUCAAUUAUUGUCACAGAAAAUUCACUUUCAAGACCGUCAUUAUGUUGGCUCUGCAAAUGAUAUGCCGCAUCCAGUACAUACACGGGAGAUCGUUUAUUCAUAGGGAUAUUAAACCAGACAACUUUUUAAUGGGAGUAGGGCGUCGUGGUAGUACUGUUCAUGUGAUUGAUUUCGGACUGUCCAAAAAAUACAGAGAUUUUAAUACGCAUCGUCAUAUUCCUUAUCGUGAGAAUAAAUCUUUGACUGGUACUGCACGUUACGCUAGUGUCAAUACACACUUAGGCAUAGAGCAAAGCAGAAGAGAUGACUUGGAAUCUUUAGGUUAUGUUUUGAUCUAUUUUUGUAAAGGUUCGUUACCAUGGCAAGGGUUGAAAGCUACGACGAAGAAGCAAAAAUACGAUCGUAUAUUGGAGAAAAAAUUGUGUACAAGUGUCGAAACUUUAUGUGGUGGCUUGCCACAAGAAUUUGCAGAGUUUAUGGUUUACUGUAGAAGUCUAAGAUUUGAUGAAAGGCCAGAUUAUCUGUAUUUGGCAAGACUUUUCAAAGAUUUGAGUAUAAAGUUGGAAUACCACAAUGAUCAUCUGUUCGAUUGGACUAUGUUACGCUAUACUAAGGCAAUGGUGGAAAAACAACACGAUCUUUUAAUGGUUGAAAGUAACAACAAUUCGUCAUCUACUUCUAAUGUCAACGCAACGAACCCAAACGCAAAUUUAAAUCAAAAUCAAAAUCAAAACGCUACUACAAAUACAAAUGCCAGUAACAAAAAUGACUCUUUCAAUAGAGUUAAACUCCUAGCGAUGAAAAAAUUCGCAACUCAUUUCCAUUAUUGCAAGAGCGAAGAUAAACAUCAUCCAACUCCGGAAGAAAUCAAGCAACAGUCGGUGCAGAACAGCAACGCAGCAGCAUCGCUACCGGAGGAGCUACUCAAUGCUAUAGACAAGGGAAUGGAAAAUUUGAAGCAACAGCAGGCUCAGCAGCAACAGCAACAGCAACAGCCUGGACAGACUGGACAGACUGGACAGCCACAGCUUGGGCAAGUUCAGCUUCAGCAUCCAGAACCACUGUUGCAACAACAACAGCAACAACAACAACAACAACAACAACAACAACAACAGCAACAGGAUUUGCAAAAACAACAACAAGCGCAAACGCUGGGAGCACAUAGAUCAACGCAUUAUCCACCGCAGGUGCAGCAGCAACAACCACAGCAACAGCAACAACAACAACCUCUGCAAAGACCCUCUGGAGAAGACAUAUGGCUAUAA